AUGGAGGGGAGUCUGCGAUUGGAAGAGGGGCGGUUCUUGGGUGGCGUCGGGCAAACAGAAGCGGAGGUGGAGAAUGAGGUGGAGACGGGCCUAACCCUAGGGCCGAGGAUGGGUGUGGAAAUGGCCCAAAGUGUGAGCAAUCAUGGCCCAAUGGCCAGUCUUCUUUAUCAACAUCAACAGGAGGUUCUUGAGAAGGAGAUGGGGCGCGGGCUGAAAAAGAGGAAAGGAAUGGGCCAAUCAAGCAUGGACAGGCCCAGGAGUGAAGUCAAUGAUGAGGCCGAAAUUCCUUUUGGCCCAGCAGAGACAGUUUUCUUGGGAGGGCCUGGAGAAAAAAAUAAGAAGAAGAAGAAUCAAAAGUUUAGAGCACACUCUACCUACAACUCAAAGGAGGGUCUAUCUGAAGGGGAGCAAGGAAGGGAUCUGAGGGCAGCUGUGGUUCGCCAGAAGCCACCUCUCCGGGAAUGA